AUGGCCCUGCCUCAGGGCCCAGCUGGUAGCAGCCUCCCCACCGGGGACCCCAGCCCUUCAGAGGGCAUUCCAGGGCCCAGCCGCACCCUGGACAGCCCAGAGAUCAACAGACGACACGCUCUUCUCCAAGAGCUAGAGGCCCAGGUGCAGGCGGCUUACGGGCAGGACCGGGAGUUGCGGCCAGAGGAGAUUGAAGAGCUGCAGGCGGCCUUCCAGGAGUUCGACACGGACCGGGACGGCUACAUCGGCUACCGGGAGCUGGGCGCCUGCAUGCGGACGCUGGGCUACAUGCCCACGGAGAUGGAGCUCAUAGAAAUCUCACAGCAAAUCAGUGGCGGGAAGGUGGACUUUGAGGACUUCGUGGAAUUGAUGGGCCCCAAGCUGCUGGCGGAAACAGCGGACAUGAUCGGGGUCCGGGAGCUGCGCGACGCCUUCCGGGAGUUCGACACCAACAGGGACGGCCGCAUCAGCGUGGGCGAGCUGCGCGCGGCGCUCAAGGUCCUGCUGGGCGAGCGGCUCAGCCAGCGGGAGGUGGACGAGAUCCUCCAGGACAUGGACCUCAAUGGGGACGGCCUGGUGGACUUCGAAGAGUUUGUACGAAUGAUGUCUCGUUGA